AUGUUUUCACCCAUGUGUCGAAUUGAGGUGAAGUCGGGGGAAGACGAGAAGCGCCAGAAGCGCAGGGAGACCGCCAGGCAAGAGGCUCUGGAGCUGCUGAAGCGCAAGCAACAAAACCUCCCUGUCGACUACAAGGAACUCAUGUCCAAAUGCUCCCAAAGCAUUUCAAUCACUCCUGCAAUGGUCGACAAAGUCAUCGCUGCCUGUAGAGAACUCGGAAUUCGGUGCAUUGUUGCCCCUUUUGAGGCGGACGCUCAGCUGGCCUACUUGUCUCGCACGAAUCAAAUUCACAGCGCCAUAUCCGAAGACAGCGACCUGUUGGCUUACGGCUGUAAGAGAGUGAUGCUGAAGAUGGAUAAAGAGGGAAAGUGUGAGGUGUUGCGCCUUCCUUUUCUCCAAGACGAGAACGACAACUGCAUCUCCGAGCUGCAGGCACACCUCAACAAGACCGCCAAACAAAUGGAACUUUUACGCAUCCUUAAGGGACUUAAUCACGAGAGAUUUGUGGCUAUGGAAUGGGAAUCGGAACAGCGUGCCGUUUGA